AUGGUGCAAAUAAUUCCAAGGACCAAGUUGACCUUUGGCGCUAUGUUCGUGAACUUGGAGGACCAGCUGGAGGAACAGCUGGGGCCUGGAGGACCAGCUGGAGGACCAGCUGGAGCCUGGAGGACCAGCUGGAGGAACAGUUGGGGCCUGGAGGACCAGCUGGAGGAACAGCUGGGGCCUGGAGGACCAGCUGGAGGAACAGUUGGGGCCUGGAGGACCAGCUGGAGGAACAGCUGGGGCCUGGAGGACCAGCUGGAGGACCAGCUGGAGCCUGGAGGACCAGCUGGAGGACCAGCUGGAGCCUGGAGGACCAGCUGGAGGAACAGCUGGAGCCUGGAGGACCAGCUGGAGGAACAGUUGGGGCCUGGAGGACCAGCUGGAGGAACAGCUGGGGCCUGGAGGACCAGCUGGAGGACCAGCUGGAGCCUGGAGGACCAGCUGGAGGACCAGCUGGAGCCUGGAGGACCAGCUGGAGGAACAGCUGGAGCCUGGAGGACCAGCUGGAGGAACAGUUGGGGCCUGGAGGACCAGCUGGAGGAACAGUUGGGGCCUGGAGGACCAGCUGGAGGACCAGCUGGAGCCUGGAGGACCAGCUGGAGCCUGGAGGACCAGCUGGAGGAACAGUUGGGGCCUGGAGGACCAGCUGGAGGAACAGCUGGGGCCUGGAGGACCAGCUGGAGGAACAGUUGGGGCCUGGAGGACCAGCUGGAGGAACAGCUGGGGCCUGGAGGACCAGCUGGAGCCUGGAGGACCAGCUGGAGGAACAGCUGGGGCCUGGAGGACCAGCUGGAGCCUGGAGGACCAGCUGGAGGAACAGUUGGGGCCUGGAGGACCAGCUGGAGGAACAGCUGGGGCCUGGAGGACCAGCUGGAGGAACAGCUGGGGCCUGGAGGACCAGCUGGAGGAACAGCUGGGGCCUGGAGGACCAGCUGGAGGAACAGCUGGGGCCUGGAGGACCAGCUGGAGGAACAGCUGGGGCCUGGAGGACCAGCUGGAGGAACAGUUGGGGCCUGGAGGACCAGCUGGAGGAACAGUUGGGGCCUGGAGGACCAGCUGGAGGACCCGCUGGAGCCUGGAGGACCAGCUGGAGGAACAGUUGGGGCCUGGAGGACCAGCUGGAGGAACAGCUGGAGCCUGGAGGACCAGCUGGAGGAACAGCUGGGGCCUGGAGGACCAGCUGGAGGACCAGCUGGGGCCUGGAGGACCAGCUGGAGGACCAGCUGGAGCCUGGAGGACCAGCUGGAGCCUGGAGGACCAGCUGGAGGAACAGUUGGGGCCUGGAGGACCAGCUGGAGGAACAGCUGGAGCCUGGAGGACCAGCUGGAGGAACAGUUGGGACCUGGAGGACCAGCUGGAGCCUGGAGGACCAGCUGGGGCCUGGAGGACCAGCUGGGGCCUGGAGGACCAGCUGGGGCCUGGAGGACCAGCUGGGGCCUGGAGGACCAGCUGGGGCCUGGAGGACCAGCUGGGGCCUGGAGGAACAGCUGGAGCCUGGAGGACCAGCUGGGGCCUGGAGGACCAGCUGGAGCCUGGAGGACCAGCUGGGGCCUGGAGGACCAGCUGGGGCCUGGAGGACCAGCUGGGGCCUGGCGGGUAGCUGG